AUGGCUACAUAUAAUGGCUGGCAGCGGAUUCAUUUUGAUUUUCUCAUUGGAAAUAUUAUCGUAAGAAAUUCUUUGCAGAGCAUUGUACAAGAGAACGAUAUUGCAACAGAAUCUAUUAUCAGAAUUGAAUGCAUUUUACGAGAGGCAGCUCCUGUUCCUCGCAAUGAAAUUAAAUUAGCGGACUGGAUAGGUGCUAUACGAAGUAGCAAUGAUUUUAUUGCCUGUGCUAUUUAUGAUGGAUCAAUGUCUUUGUGUAGUCAUAAGGGUUUUGAAAUGUCCAACAUCUUUUUACAUGAUGAUGCAAUAAAAUGCUUGCAUUUGUUUGAAAACGGGGAGCGAAGGAUAGCCACAGGUGGCAGUGACCAGAUAAUAAUAUUGAGCGACGUAAUUAAUGAAAAAAAUAAACCACAUGUUUUGCCAACACAUGUUUUACGGGGUCAUGAGCGCAGCAUAGAAUGUAUUGCUGGCAAUAAAGAUGGAAAUCGCUUAGUAUCUGGUAGUUUUGACCAAAUGCUGAAGGUCUGGAACACGGAUAAAGAUGAUUCAUCAACAUAUUUCUCCAAAAUAAGUGAAGAAAAGACUACGAAAAAAAAAAAAACUGAUGUCGUCACGAAAUUACCUAUGGUCACAUUAUCGGGGCACAAAGAUGCAAUAGUAGGAAUAGCUUGGAUGCCCAAUUCGGAUAAGAAUGUAGUAACAGUUUCAUGGGAUCACACUAUUAUGAUCUGGGAUUUGGAGCUUGCAGGCCAUAUUAAAUCUUUGCCAUCGAGCAAAUCUUUUACGAGUAUAUCAGUUUCUCCAUCAAAUGGUUUAUUCAUUACGGGCUCUGUAGAUUCUAUUCCACGUUUAUGGGAUCCGCGAAGUAAAGAAGGUUCAUUUGUAAAACAAACUUAUAUUGGACAUAAGGGCUGGGUAGCUUCAGUACGAUGGAGUCCUUCUGAUGAUCAUCUAUUUAUUUCAUCGAGUUUCGAUAAAAGUACUAAACUUUGGGACACAAGAAUCAAUAAAACACCUUUAUACGAUCUCCUUGGACACACCGAUCGCUUACUUUGUUGCGAUUGGUCUUUGAAACAAUUAAUCGCUACUGGCGGAGCAGAUUCUUCCAUAAAGACAUUUUCACGGAAUAGUUUUUGA